CCAUCUUGCUCCAGAGGAGACGUAGGAGGAGCAGGAGGAGCGGGAGGAGAAAGGAGGAGGAGGAGGAGGUCUGAGGCGGAUCUACCUGCCAGGUGUCGCGGGGGAGAGGCCGCCGCUCCGAGGGGGGAAGGCGGAGGAAAAGUCGCCUUACCUGUAGCUCAACUUCUGGAAACUCGCUCACUCUGUUACCUGCUCCGACCUGAAAGUCCAGUUUCUCCAGGAAGGAUCGAAAUAUGUCACAGGAGUCAGACAAUAAGCGUCUGGUGGUGGUGGUCCCCAACGAGAGCUCCUUCCCUGCAGUGCGUCGGACCUACACCAGCGAGGACGAGGCAUGGCGGACGUACCUGGAGAACCCGCUGACCGCCGCCACCAAGGCCAUGAUGAGCAUCAACGGAGACGAGGACAGCGCCAACGCCCUGGGCCUGCUCUACGACUACUACAAGGUGCCGAAGGAAAAGAGGCUCCUGCCAGUUUCCAGAGUUGUUGAAAUUACAGAGGAACAGGAGAAGAGGUCGACGCUGCCGAGCAGCCAAAGCGAGAUGGAGACCUUGGACAAUCGCGUUCAGGUCCUCAAGUCCGUGCCCGUCAACCUGUCGCUGAACACGGAGCACCAGGAGAACAAACGGGAGCACUUCAGCAGCUCGACGGGCGGCGGUGGGGCCGUGACGUCGGGGGCCGUGGUGAAGGCCGAGGUGUACACGUCCGUCUUCACGACGGCGCCGGGGCUUCACUACCGGGUGGAGGCAGAGGAGCCGGCGAGGGUGAUAUACGAACAGAGUCCGUACGAGGUGACCACUGUCAGCCACAGCUCGUACGUGAAGGAGGACCAGCAGAGUCCGCCCGACAGCCCGUAUGAGGACGAGAGGGACGGGAAGUACCACACACCUUCCUCCAUGGCUCCAGACGACUUCAUGUUCCAUCAGGAGAGAGUUGACAGCUUCCGGUACACGCUGGACGCCACUCGCUCGCUGCGUCAGAAGCAGGGCGAGGGGCCGAUGACCUACCUGAACAAAGGCCAGUUCUACGCCGUGACGCUCAACGAGCUCAGCGCCAACAACCGCCUCCGUCAACCAAUCAGCAAAGUGCGGAGUGUGGUCAUGGUCGUGUUCAGUGAGGACAAGAACCGGGACGAGCAGCUCAAGUACUGGAAGUACUGGCACUCCCGGCAGCACACGGCCAAGCAGAGGGUCCUCGACAUCGCCGAUUACAAGGAGAGCUUCAACACCAUCGGGAACAUCGAAGAAAUCGCCUACAACGCCAUCUCCUUCACCUGGGACGUGAAUGAAGAGGCCAAGAUCUUCAUCACAGUCAACUGUCUGAGUACGGACUUCUCCUCUCAGAAAGGCGUGAAGGGUCUUCCCCUGAUGAUCCAGAUCGACACGUACAGCUACAACAACCGCAGCAACAAGCCGCUGCACCGGGCCUUCUCCCAGAUCAAGGUCUUCUGUGACAAGGGAGCCGAGAGGAAAAUAAGGGACGAGGAGAGAAAACUUUUCCGUAAGAAGUCCAAAGGGAAGGACGGAGGUGUGGGUGUGAUAUCUGCCCCCAAGAAGUCCGACGCCACGUAUUUCAAGACCAUGACCGACCUGGAGUCUCAGCCCGUCCUCUUCAUCCCUGACGUCCACUUCGGCAACCUGCAGAGGGCCGGACAGGUGUUUACCUUCAACACGGAGGAAAUUGAGAGAGACGGGGGCGUGCUGGUGAAGAGGAUGUUCAGGCCGUCAGACGAAGACCUGUGUUCGUCGCCUCUCAAGCAGAUCAAAGAGGAGACGCACAAGAGAGUGCUGUUGUACGUGAGGAAGGAGGCCGACGAGGUGUUCGACGCUCUGAUGCUGAAGUCUCCCACGCUCAGAGGCCUGACGGACGCCAUAUCCGAGAAGUACAGCGUGCCCACGGACAGAGCGACCAAAGUGUACAAGAAGAGUAAAAAAGGGAUCCUCGUGAACAUGGACGACAACAUCAUCGAGCAUUACUCCAACGAAGACACCUUCAUCCUGAACAUCGAGAGCCACACGGACGCCUACAAGGUCACGCUGACGGAGAUCUGACGGCUCGUCGGCGCCCCCCGAAGGGCGACACGCACAGAGACUGCUGGAUGGACCGGCUGAUAAGCUGACUGACACAUGGAGACAGCCUGUUUGUGGAGCUCCGAGGCCCAUCUGCCCCCCCCACUAAACCCUCCCACACUGUUACACAAUGAAGCAAGUCGCAUUUUCUACGGACAAUCCAUAAAUGCAUAAAAAAGGACAUUUCACAUGAACUGGUUAUACUCGCCUCCUCGUUAUUCUCCUCUUCUGUGCUUUAAGGUGAAAUAAUCGAGUACAGAUCACUGUCCUCGACCUUUUCUCUGAAAUAUUUUUAUUGUAUAAUAUAAUUUGUUUGUCUAUUCUCAUUCUGUACAGUGUGUUAACGUUGUGUUUUUGCCAAACACCCCAUCAGGAGCAGCCGCAUAAGAAUGCCUGAAAUGUAGCCACAUCUUGAAAUAGUUGGUCCUCAGUAAUUUAGCAGCUUCUUUUGCAUGCCGGCCUUUUUUUUGCUUUCACUCGAUGUUUUAUUAUUUAUUAAUGAUUUUAAUGGACAUUUUUUGCAUUUCCUUAACAAUUCAUUUCCAAGAAUUUCAAGUACUUUUCAUUUCAGUGACUUUUUUCCGAGUCACCCUCUUUUAAAAAAAAAAAAGAAGAGUCCUCAUUGUGUUUUUUAAAGUUUCUCUGUAUUUCUCAGCCAUGUUGUAAUAUUUACAUGUUAGCAAAUAGCCAAAGUUUUUAUUUUGUAGAGCUUUAAACGACAUUGUAAUGAGUCAAAAACAAAUUCUGAGGGGUGACAAAUGGCACCUGCUUAUGUCUCAUGUGCUCGGCCUGUGAUAAAAAAUGAAUAAAGAUAUAAUAGGUGUUAUUUGUUGGGUAAAACAAGAUUGUGAGUACUGUCAUAAAAGUUAGCAACAAACUGUGAAACUGGUAGAAAGUAGUUAAUCAUAUUAUAGAUGGAUAGAAAUGUAGCAGCUGUUCUGUUGGUUAUCAAAAUGAAUUUACAAGCUCCUAACUUUUUUUCAUUAAAAUUCCACAUUUCUG